GGGGGGCGGAGGAGAAGCGACCACGGGAAGAGGAGAGUGGGGGAAGGUGAGGCAGAAGAAGAGGGAGAGAGCCACGACUUGAAACGACACAAGGUGACUGCGUCUGUCACGCUGCUGCUCGAGGCGGAACGACACCACACGACUGGACAGUACACAACGCCACCUGUGCCUGCCGUCUCACCCUCUGUCGCACCACCCGUUCCGAGUUACAAGUUCUCUUCUGAAGGAAAUGAAGGAGUUUAUCACUUCCAGCCUGCCACAGUGUUGCCAACUGCCUUGGAUGAACUUGACCAGCAGCUCAGUAGCCCAAAUGAGAACGAGGAAGAGGUCCUAUUGAAGAAGUUGGACGAGCUCACGCUGACCAAACCGAUCAAGUUUAACCUGCAGGACACAAACAGCAACAGUGUGACCAACAACAUGUGCAGCAGCUCUGUCAGCGAGGAGGACUCCGGGUUCUUGUCUUCCGAAACUGCCAUCACCAAGGAGACAGACGGUCUGACUGAUAGUGUGGCGGGACUGUCGGACAGCUGUGCUGGACUUCUGGAUUCCAGGGAAAGGCUGCUGGAAGGAGGCCUUCACGAUGUCCAGGAUGUCCAGUACGCUGAUGAGGAUUCUUCAGAGGAGGAAGAUCAAAACAACGCUAAGCAACCAGAGCCGAGUCCAGUGAUUGAGACUAUGACGCCAGAUGAAGCCGACAACCUUCUCAGCUCCAGGAUCCUCGCAAAAAGAUCUCGUAGCCACGAGGCCCUGCUGUCGGACGAGGAGGCACAGGAGGUGGUGAGACUGCUCAGUCCAGAGAAGGACAAGGAUGAGCCAGAGUGGUUGCAAGACGUCUUGUCAGCGUCGUUGGACAACCGGCUGGUGAGUGAGGUCCGCCAGGAGGAUUCACUGCUGGCAGUGUCCACUGCCACCAUGGAGGACAGCAGCCAGUUCGGUUCACAGUCCGACCUCCUCUCUGUCAACAGCCUCGACGAUCUCGACAGCAAGGGGGAGGAAGAGGAGGAGGAGGAGGAGGACCCUUACCAAGGGUUUGUUCCAGAGCCUAACAGAGAGGUGUAUGAGGAGAAGGGCAUCCACUAUUACGAGGAUGGACACUUCUGGAUGGAGAUGCCAGGGCUGCAGGAAUCAGAAUCUGAAGAGGACGCUAAUAUACCAGUCAAGGCCAACACCAAGGUCACCUUCAGCCAAGGGCCGAUCAAGGUCUACAGCACAUUCUCAAUGAGUGAGUACGAUCGGAGAAAUGAGGAUGUGGAUCCAGUGGCGGCGUCUGCCGAGUACGAGCUGGAGAAGCGAGUAGAGAAGCUGGAGAUGCUACACGUGGAGCUGCUCAAGGGGCCAGAGGGACUGGGGCUGAGCAUUAUCGGCAUGGGAGUGGGCGCAGACGCUGGUCUGGAGAAGCUGGGUAUCUUUGUCAAAACCAUCACAGAGAACGGGGCAGCAGCACGGGACGGCAGGAUACAGGUGAACGACCAGAUUAUCGAGGUUGAUGGCAAGUCACUGGUGGGUGUUACGCAAGCGUAUGCCGCAUCCGUCUUGCGCAACACUUGCGGACAGGUCAAGUUUGUUAUCGGCCGAGAGAAGGAUCCUCAUAACAGCGAGGUGGCUCAAUUAAUCCGCCAGUCAUUACAGGCGGACAAGGAACGAGAGGAACACCGUAGACAACUGGAACGCAGUCGGAACCAGUUCCUGGAUGAGGAGAACAAUCAGCUGUCAACUGAGGAUGUGAGACCAGCCGAGGACAUCGGCAUAGAGGGUCUAAAGCAGCUGCUGCAAGAGAGCCAACUACGUGUAGUGUUGGCCGAUGCGGAAGUGGCCGCCUUGAAGGCUAGGGUGGAAGAGCUGGAGGAGGCUGGCAGUGGCAGGGAGGAGAUGGCGGAAAAGCUGCGACAGGCCAGUGCGCGCGUGCGUGACGUGGAGCGCUCCCUAGCGGCGUCUAGGAAGGAUGUCUCUACGUACCAGGACAUGCUUGAACAGUCUCAGGGCCAGUAUAUUAUCUUGGAGAAGAAGUACUACCGGGCCAAGCGGCUGCUGAGGGAGUUCCUGCAGCGGGAGACUGAUCUGCUGCACAGAGAGGAGUUCUACAUGCAGCUGCUGCAGGAGAAGGAUACAGAGUACAACGCUUUGGUCAAGGCACUCAAGGAUCGGGAAUUUCCUCCAAACAUUGAGUCUGACUUUUCCGAGAUUUCACUGAACAUCCCUCUAAAUCCUUCCUCCUGUCCAAGCUCCGACUCUGAGUUUCUUACGUCAGAAGACACUGACAAGAAUGUGGGAUCAUUCUUGGAGAAUAUCGAUCCCAGUCAGUGUUCCCAAGUGAACACUAAGAAGACUCUUUCUUGCGAUAUAAUCAAAAGUGUUUGCAGAAACAUUUUUAAUACAAAGGGGAGGAAAACAAGUUUAGAAAGAGAUGAUGAAGAUUUUAAAGUAGAAUUCGCUGCUUUCAAUAAAACACACUGUCGGGUUCGGGUGACUUUGAACCUGGUGUUUGUGAUUUUGAAAUGUCAGAAACUAAAAAGUUCUCACCUAACAGUGACUUAGCGUUUGGUGAUGGUCUGGUGCAAUGCUUGAAAAAAAAAUUUAAUAGUGAGACAUCAAAAAACAUUGCAUUGAAGAGCAAUCAAAUAAAAGUCAGUCCUAAAGAUUGUCAUUCCUGGAUGUUCAACAGUCGCCCCUACACUCCAGUCAAGUGUAAUGCUAAGCCCUGGCCUCGGAGUCCGUUCACAAUUUCCUCCGAUGAAACUUAACAUUGCUUAUUAACUGUAAUAGAACCAUGUUAACUCUUAUUAUUAUGUCUUAAAUCCAGAUACGGUUUUUAAUUUCCUCAUAUUUUUCUUUGUUUGUUAAUGUUAAUCUUAUCAAUAAACUUUAAUUUCUCUUUUUUGA